AUGGACGCGGACGCUGCGGCGGCGCCAUGCAGGAAGCCGGCGUCCCACUCCCUCCCGCAGCCGCCCCUGCUGUUCGCCGUCCGCGCGCGCUCCGGCCGGGUGGCCGACCUGGGCGCCGGCGGCGCAGCGUUCUCGGGCCCGCCGGACACGCCGCCGCCGCCGCCCGCGCUGUUCGCCGUCCGCGCGCGCUCCGGCCGGCUGGCCGACCUGGGCGCCGGCGGCGCAGCGUUCUCGGGCCCGCCGGACACGCCGCCGCCGCCGCCCGCGCUGUUCGCCGUCCGCGCGCGCUCCGGCCGGCUGGCCGACCUGGGCGCCGGCGGCGCAGCAUUCUCGGGCCCGCCGGACACGCCGCAGCGCCCCUCGCUCGUCACCGUGCCGUUCCUCUGGGAGGAGACGCCCGGGAUGCCCAAGGCGUCGCCUACCGCCUGCGCCGCCGCAACGACUCCGGCUGCUGCCAACGCUGGCCCCGUUCCCGAAGGCGAAACUGGCGAUCAUCAGGACAGCAGCGGCCACGCGGACGAGGCGCGCCCCCUGCCGCUGAAGCUGCCCCCGCGGCUGCAGCAGGUGCCAGCGUCGUUCGCCGCGGCGGACACCCGUCAGGGCAGCGGCCACGCGGACCAGGCGCGUCCACUGCCGCUGAAGCUGCCCCCGCGGCUGCAGCAGGUGCCAGCGUCGUUCACCACGGCGGACACCCCGCUGUCGUCCCCCAAGACCGUGUUCCAGGGCCCCUACUACGCCCGCUCCGGCGGCGGCAGGAGGAUGCCGAGGUGGGCCCGGAGCGGCGGCGCUGCGUUACGACGGACGACGAGCGCCGGCGUGGCACUCUUCUCUCGGACCUGGAGCAAGCGUAGGGCGGCGGCGGGAAGCAACAAACACACAUGCGGCUACCAUGAGCGCGACGCGGCGGGUACGGACGCCCCGUGGUGCUCGCCGGGGUCGUCGGACUCCUCGUCAUCCGUGUCCACCUGUUUCGGCGGCGACGAUCACCGUCGCGGGAGGCCCAACGGCGGGCGCGAGGUCUCCUCGGAGGAGGACGAUGGCUCCCCGAGGGUCUCGGUGAGGAUCACCAGGUUUAGGAGGAACCGGAGCCUCCCCAGCAUGACCACGUCUAACCUCUGGGUACGUGGUCGUUUCUGCUCUGCUUUCUUGUGCCCAGCAUGCUCUGUUUUUAUUGAAAAUGAAAAAGACCAAUGGUCAGGGUGCAUUUCUGUGCUUUCUCAACUUUUGGAUUUUUGA